AUGUCGGAAUACUGGAAGUCUACCCCUCGGUACUGGUGCAAGUACUGCGCCGUCUACGUGCGCGACACCAAGCUCGAGCGUGCGAACCACGAGUCGACGGCCAAGCACCAGGGCGCCAUCAAGCGCUCCCUGCGGGAUCUGCACCGCAGCCACGACCGAGACGAGCGAGACAAAGAGCGCGCCAAGCGAGAGAUUGAGCGCCUCAACGGUGUGGUCGCCAGCGGGAGUAGCGCGUCCUCCGCCGCAGCGCCUUCAACCUCGCGCCCGCACGCAGCGCCCUCGACAUCCAAACCCGCGCCACCGCCGGCGGUGGCGUCCGAGGCGUCGCUCAAGAAACAGCGGGAGCAGCUCGCCGAGCUGGGUGUCGCGAUACCGAGCAGCUUCCGGCCGGAGAUGGCGAUGCCGGGCGAGUGGACGGUGACGAGCACGCGCGUGGUCGAGACGCGUCCACGGGCGGCUGGUGGCGAGGGGGAGGGCGCCGCGGUGGAGGCGCGUGCGUCGGGCGUGCGCAAGCGCGAGGAGAAUGAAGAGGAAAAGGAGGAGGAGGAGGCGGUGCGCGGGCUGUUCAAGAAGCCCCGGCGGUGGGGGCGCGACUCGAAGGCGGCCCCGGAGGACGAGGAGGAGGCGGCGGAGCUGGACGCGCUGCUGAGCGGGUCGCUGGCGAAGAAGCAGCCGGCGGCGGAGGAUGGCGUGGUGAAGCUGCAGAAGGGCGAGGGAGAGGACGGGAGCCCGGAGUCUGCUGUGAAGAAGGAGGAGCUUGAUGUGGCCGACAGUGGCAUCGCGGAAACGAUAGGCAAGUCGGAAGAUGCGGGCGCGGAAGUAGGCGCGGUGGUGUUUAAAAAGAGGAAGCCAAAGGGACUACGAACGAAAUAG